AUGCCUGAAGAAGACUUUGACAUGUUCAAUGAUCAAGCAGUUAAAGAGCUAUUACAGAAGGUCAACAAGUUAGAAAAAGAAAAGGCUAAAACAGAAUUGGAAUGUGAUAUUCUGAAGAAACAAGUUGAUAAAUUGAUGAAAGCUCAUGAUCAAAUUAGAGAGGCGUUGAUAGAGCAAGAAGAAACUAUGAACAAAAUGAAGGAUGAUGUUCAUGAUAAUUCUAUGAUGUUUGAAUUAUUGACCCUAGAGAUCUCUUCAUUAAAUGUCAAGAUAAAGAAUCUGGAGGAUGUGAAUCAAACCUUAAAUCAGCUUCUUAGUGAAAUUAGUGAAGCUUCUUCAAAUGAAAUGAAGGCGAUGAAGCUAGAGAUGGAAGCCAUGAAGGCUGAUAAAGUGAUGAAAGAUGAACAACUUCAGAUGCUAUGUGCUGUUAUGGAAAGUCACCUGAAAAUGAAUAUUCAUGCUGCAUUUGAAGAAAUAGAAGUGAGAAGAGCUAACGAAAGAAGGUUGGAACGUGAAAGACGUUUAGCUGAAGAAGCCUCUCAAAAGAACAAAGGUGUAAUUGAUGAGACUCAAGAAGCUGGUGGAUCAUUAAGUCAACCUGAUAUUGGUGGUUCAUCAUCACAACAUGAUAUUGAAAUGGUUGAAGUUGUAGAAGUUCAUGAACAAGAAAUAGUUGAAGAUGAACAAGAAAUGGUUGAAACUGAAGAAGUUCAGGAUCCAGACUACAUGAUUGUUGGUGAGUCUUCUGAGCCUGUUGAUAUUGAUAAUAUUCUUAGAAGGGUUGAGGUUAUUCAGAGAAAAAGAAAGGCAAGAGAAGUAUUGCUACUAGAAUGA